AGAAGAUUGUAGUACAUCAAGAAGAUUCCGCUUUUGCCUUACACCUGUACAUAUACAAACACAAAAGGGUCCUAGGUCUCCUAAUGGACUCAAUAUAUCAAUAGGAGCAACUAAACCAAGAGCAGGAACUAAUAUACAGAUAGAGCCUGAGGAAGUAAAAAACAUUCAGCAAAACAUUGAUUAUGUGAUCAAAAAACUUCAGAAAAUUCAUAAGACUGUUCUGUGGAAUACUUACAUUGGAAGAUCUUUUGUGGAUAAAAUUCCGCUCUCUACAAGUUCUACUCCGAUGGAGGAACGAAAUAUUAACAAUGUUGAGGAUAAGGGAUUUGAUCCGAACAAUGGUUUAUCUUGGAAUCCUGACAGUCUAGAAUUCAUCAGGAAACAAUUGGAAGCAGGAGAAAUAAAUUCAGAUGGUAUUGUCUGCUUGUACUGCCUGAGAUCAGAUCCUGAGAAUGAUUCCGAUGAGAUAGCCUGGGAAAUUCAAAAGGUUUUAAUUUAUCAUCUGAUGAAAACUGAUCUACACAGAAAUAUAAACGAGGAAUCCUGUAUGACAAGACAAGGAAUGGAACCAGUUUCUAGAAAAGUCAGAACUCCAGGUCGGGGACAUGACGGGUAUCUGGUCUACCUGUCCUAUCAGCUGGUUGAUCAUGUCACUUUCCAGCAGGUCAUCGGCGAAACAAUUCUUUACUCUUCCGAUAUCAGAUCGAAAAAGAAACAGCUGAUGAAUAGUCUGGGAGAGAACCGGUUUCCAACCCACGUGGAGGAGAAAACAAAGAAAAAUAUCGAACAGGUAGAAAACCGGUUUCCAACUCACGUGGAGGAAAAAAACACAUUGAACAUGUUGAAAUUUUAAACAAACAUAUUUUGUCAGAUUGAUA